AUGAAAUUGGCCUCCGUACCCAAAGCCUUUGGACUCACAGAACUGAAGAAGGGUUACUUCCCACAUUGGUUCAAUUUGAAGGAGAACCAAAAUUACGUUGGAGCUUUUCCAGAUCCUCACAUGUAUGGAGUGGACUACAUCGGAGCUAAAGACAGAGAUGCAUUCUUGUCAUGGUACGGCCAACAACAUGGACUGUUUGAUUUUUCUAAAGAAAUGAAGGAGUACUGUAUCUCAGAUGUCACUGUACUCAGAGAAGCCUGUCUGAAGUUUCAGCAACUGAUUAUGGAGGCCACAGGCGAGGAAACAGAAGGAAAGAUCAUUGAAGGUGUUGAUCCCUUUGCAAACUCUAUCACUAUAGCCUCUUUAAGCAUGAACAUAUUUAAAACCAAGUUUCUGAAACGUCACGAACAUGUCAGGCUGACUGAUGGACAAAGUAUCACAAACUGGAGGUCUUCCAGACCCUCCGAAGAAGAAGGAGAUGGGUCAUACGAUGUCAAGCUAGAGAGUGGUCAAUGGAUUUCACAAAGACAACUUCAAAAGAGGGGUAUUGGCGUCCACGAAGCAGAAACAGUUCCAAGCCCUAUUGCUCAAGUACCAUGUCAGGGGUAUGUUGGACAUGGGCAAUAUAGUAAAGUUUCCAUUCAGUGGUUAGAAUGGAUCAUGCAUUCAGAAAAUAUUGACAUACAACAUGCCCUGAAUGGAGGUGAACAUGAGGUGCCUGGAACCAACUACCGAGUGGAUGUUUAUUAUCCAAAAACAAACACAGUACUGCAAUUCCAUGGUUGUUGCUACCAUGGUUGUAAGACAUGCUUUCCACACGACAGAUCCUCCACCAUACCCCCCAGGACCAAACAGUCUGUGGAAGAACUUUAUGCUCUCACCUGUAAGAAAUCACGGGUGCUGAAACAGAAAGGCUACAAAGUGGUUGCCAUCUGGGAACACGAGUUCCACCAACAAUUAAAGGAUAAACCAGACAUGAAGGUUUUUGUCAGUACACUGGACAUACAGGAUCGCUUAGAGCCACAAGACUCCUUUUUUGGUGGCAGGACCAAUGCCAGUACACUUCACUACAAGGUGGAAGAAAGUGAAGAAAUUCAUUACGUGAACUUUACAAGUCACUACCCAUGGGUCAACAAGUAUUGCCAGUACCCUAUUGGACAUCCCCACAUCAUUCACAAGAAUUUCAAGUCUUUGGAUCACUAUUUUGGAAUUGCCAAGGUGAAGAUAUUACCACCUAGAAAACUCUAUCAUCCAGUACUCCCCUAUCGAUCUGAAGGCAAGCUAAAGUUUCCUUUAUGUUGUACCUGUGCUGACAAGGAGCAACAGACCCUUUGUGAACAUUCAGAUGAGCAGAGAGCCAUCCUAGGAACUUGGUGUACACCUGAAAUAGUGAAAGCCAUUGAGAAAGGAUACCAAGUGAUCAAGGUGUAUGAGGUUUACCACUGGUCCGAAACAGCCCAGUACAACCCUGAGACAGGAGAGUGUGGAUUGUUUACGGACUACAUCAACACCUUCUUGAAAUUAAAACAACAAGCCAGUGGAUGGCCAGUAUGGCGUGAAACGGAAGACGACAAGGAGAAAUACAUAGCAGACUACAGAGAGAAGGAAGGUAUACAACUGGACAAGGAUCGCAUAGAAAAAAACGAUCUCUGGCUAAAUUAUGCUUGA